GCAGUUACGGCUUCAGCUCCAACCAAAAUACCAAAUUAUCCACAGACACCACUCCCCUGAGCUCGCUCGCACGCCGCGGCCGGGUAACACCACCACCGGGCACCAUGGCCUCCUCCUUCCUCUCCCUACGCCUCCCUACCCCCUCCCCGCCCACCGCGACGUCGUCCCCGUUCUUCCCGAAUCCCCUAGUCCGGUCCGGAAGGUGCAGUCCGCCGUCCUCUACCCUCGUGGCGCGUGUUGCCGGGUCGGCGGCGGGGGCUCCGUCGCCGUUGUUCAACCCGAGGGGCGACCCGUUCCUAUCCACGCUAGCCGCUGCUUCUCCAGAGCAGCUCGCGGCAGCUGCGGGUAGCGAACGCCGCGGCGAGGACCACCUGCCGUUCCUCGAGAUCUUCCAGAACGCCAAGCUCAUGUCCUCGCCCGCGCAGGUGGAACGUUCUAGCAGCUCUUACAGUCAGCACAGUCCUAGAAGGCCUCCCCCGGAUUUGCCGUCGUUGCUUCUACAUGGCCGGAUUGUUUAUAUUGGCAUGCCGUUGGUGCCAGCAGUUACCGAGCUUAUUGUUGCCCAGUUGAUGUACCUUGAUUGGAUGAAUAGUAGUGAGCCUGCAUAUAUAUACAUCAACUCAACAGGAACGGCUCGUGAUGAUGGUGAACCAGUUGGAAUGGAGACAGAAGGUUUUGCUAUCUAUGAUGCCAUGAUGCGGAUGAAAACUGAGGUUCACACACUUUGUAUAGGAGCUGCAGCAGGUCAUGCCUGCCUUGUCCUUGCAGCAGGGAAGAAAGGCAAACGAUAUAUGUUUCCCCAUGCCAAAGCUUUGAUUCAGCAACCUCGUAUUCCUUCAUAUGGGAUGAUGCAAGCUUCUGAUGUUGUUAUUCGUGCAAAAGAGGUCGUGCACAACAGGAACACCCUGGUCAAACUUUUAGCAAGGCACACUGGAAAUGUACGUACAACUUGUAAUCAUUUACUUGUAGAGAACUUUAUUUUUUUUUCCUUUUUCAGUUGGGAUAUAACAGUUCUUUAUCAGCCACCAGAGAAAAUAGACAAGGUGAUGAGAGGACCAUUUUAUAUGGACUCUUUGAAAGCCAAGGAGUUUGGGGUAAUUGACAAGAUCCUUUGGCGCGGGCAGGAGAAGUACAUGUCUGACAUGCUCUCCCCUGAGGAUUGGGACAAGGUUGCUGGAGUCAGAGGCCCCGGUGGAAUGUGAAGUUGUGCACUGGACUUCGAAUACUUAGUUAGGCCUUUGAGCUUGCAGUCGCAGGGGCUGAACUGGACGUUGUCAGAGCCGAGGGUAUCUAUUGUAUGGACUAUGGACAAGCUAGAUUAGAACUUGGACGAUCAUGUUAGGGCGUAUGCUCUCGGGAUUGGAGCUAGCGAGUGUUUUGGGUGGAGCUAUUGUUGUUAGUCUGCUCGUUUGCCAGUCCAGGUUUUGGUACUCUGCUCACUGUUGGUGCAUAGUGUACACGGUUUAUGGACCCAAAGGGGUGGAUGAGGAAAACAGCCGAGAUGAAAAUAUUAUCAACACGAACAUCAUGUGUCUUUUUUUUUA